AUGCUACUUGAACUCAUCGUCGCUCUCGUUCUCGGCUACAUCCUUCUAAUCGUGCACAAGCAAGAUGUCGCCAAGGGUGGAGAAGGUAUUCCGGUGGUCGGUCCGAUUCUUGAGGAAAUCGAGGAUGCUGUCAAACAGUUCAUGGAACGACGAAGUCGGCGACAGGCUUCUAGACGUGCAAGAAAUGAGAGCAUUUCGUCGGAGAACAACGAUGAAAUCAAUGAAACUGUCGGUGGCAAUAAUGGAUCGAAAGAGCCGUUAAAUCCUCCAAGAGGAGAAAAAUUCGAAUCGGUUCGACCAGAAAACGCCGAGCAAAUCUGGGAGAAACGUGCGAAGCUUCGAGUGGCGAAGUUACAGAAAGAUGAGCAGUUGUCGUCGAAGGUUUACUAUGCGCCGGAAUGGGAGCUCGACAGGAAGGCGAACAAUGAAGAAGGGUUUCCGGAUCCGCUGAAAAAUUAUGGAAUGACUCCGGAAAAAUGGGAAUACUACAAUAAGGUUGUCUGGCCUCCAAACUACAUUGUUCCCGAAACUGGAUUACCAAAACCGCGUGAAGUGUUUCAUUGCAAGCAAUCGGUUCAUUUUUCGCCGAAGAGAAUGUGGACUUCCUGCCAAUUAGUAUGGAAAAUGAAUGUCGAUGAAGCUCUGGCACAACUGGAAAUGCAGCAAACUAAGGGAUGCACACUCUUAGCGGAAACGAUCAAAAAAGCGAAGCAGCGAGCUGCUGACGAAUUCCAUAUCGAAUUCCCGUCGCAAAUGUAUAUCGCCGACGCUUUUCCGGUGCAAUCAAAUAUUAUCAAAGGUGCCCGCCGUCAUGCUCAUGAAGAUUGGAAUCCGGUUCGCUACAGAUACAUCCAUAUAUUCGUGAGACUUGAAGAAGGACCAGCUCCCGGAUUCAAGCAGCGUACGAAGCCAAAAUCGGGUUGGGACCAUAUGAAUGAAUACUAUAACCUAGGAUUUAUUGUUGAUUGUUUUGUUGAUGGUAAAUACUAA